CUGUAAACAAAAUGGAGUAAGAAAAAUGUUCAGUAACAUUACGUGUCCAAUAUUUAUGAAAUAUGUACAAAUGCUAAAUAAAGGAGAUGAAUUUAUCUUUAUUUAUGUUUUAAAAUGUUAAGUCUGAUAAGACAUUUAUAGUUUUGUCUUCAUAUUUCUUUUCAAUUUAAUGUUAUAGACCUUUGAUUGCAGUGGCUCUGAUCUGUCACUUUUAGCAGGUCAGUGAGUGAGUGACUGUCACUCGAUCACCUGGAGAUAACUUAUAUUAGCACUUCUCCCGUUCACGCUGAUGAAGAAGACUUUAAUGUUUUUUUGAGAGAGAUUGAUAUUCCAUGAGAAAUGGGUCGAUUUGUUUUCACCAGCAUCUUGUUUAUGGUUGCUGUAUACGGAUUGGCUGAGGCUGACAUUCACACACAAGACAAGGGAAACCUAGAAUCUACAAAAAAUGAUGAUGAUGAAGGUAGUCAUAUACAUGAUCUCAGAGAAAAGACUUUACUUAAGGAGAAUCCAAAUUUAAAAGAAUCUGAUUUGAAUUUUGAUGAUCAAAGUUUAAGCAGUAAAUCCCAGAUUGAUCAAGGUAAAGAUUUUGAGGGAGGUAAAAAGGAGACUGUUGAUAUCAGGAAUGAGAAGCCGGACGUGAUGGUUUUUGAAGAAGUUGGUCAGAAAGAAGAAUCUCUUGUUGAAAAUAUGAAAAGACUGAGUGAAAAGUUAAAAAAAGAGCAGGAAGAAGGUAACUUAGAACAGCUCAUUAAGGACAAUUUUGGAGGCAAUGAUCGUUCAAAUGUGCUCAUGCAAGAUCAAGGGGAGCAGGCAACAUCUGGCACGCCUGAUCAGGGAGUAAUGCCAGAAGACCUAAAGCUGCAUGUGAAAGACAAAGGGAGUAUAUCAGAACAAAUGCUGAAGAUGGCGGAAAAGCAGGUUUCUAAAGAAAGUAUUGAUGUCUUACUGGAAGAAAUAGAUGAUAAAGAGCAAGAUGAAGACAAUGAUUUUCCUUCAGAUGAAGCUUUAGAAAGUUUGGAGUCAGUCAGUAUUGGAAAAACAGAAUCUUCCUCUGCAGAAGAUGAAAGUAUACAUAUUGGGAAUACUAUUCCACCACAAACAGAAAUACUGUCCAGCAGGCCUACUGAACCACCGAUGAAGGGGACAAGAAUGGAAUCUGGACAAACAACAGCAGACAAAUUAAUGACCACAGUAAAGGCAACACCUGAACUAGGUCAUUCAGAGAACAAAAUGACAGAUACUAUCGUGUCAACUUCUAAUGUUAAACUUACUGAAAGUGUGAGAGCAACAAACAAAGAACAAUCUACCAAACAAACAUACAGUGGCAAGGAUAAGAAAAACUAUAGACUUUCAAAGGUGAAACAGACAGAAUCGGAAACACUUAAGAGUACUAAUACAAAAGAAAACAAUAAUGAGCUAACUGUAAAUACUGUUGUGAAUGUGAACACACCUUUUACUGCAACAGAAUCCAUCAAAACUAGUUCCACUCCAGUUGUAGAGAGAUCUGAAACAGAGCCUACAGGGUCCAUGUUUGAAACCAGAACAUCUACAGGCAAAGGCCAGAAAACACAAAAUAUUCACAGAGAUGUCAAAGAACAAGAAGAUUUGAGGCCAUUAUCAACUGAAAAUGUGAAAGAAAGUGUAGUUCCCCAGCCCCCGGAGAGUAGUGAAGCCCCAAGGUCCCCGGAGGCCCCACCCACGGCAUUGACACCAGAGGCCUUGCAGAGAGCCCACCUCGAGUCCCUGAAACAGCGCUUUGCGGAGAAGGAGGAGGAGGAGACACCAGAGGCAAGACAGAAACAGGAAGAAGCUCAGAAAUACUUUGAAGAAGGUGAGAAGUUGAUCAACAUUUCCUACAAGAAAGACUACAUUCAGGCGUAUCAGUACUUCCAGGUGGCAGCCAAUAAGGGCCACCAAAGGGCCAAGGAGUACCUGGGCUUUGGGCACUUGCUGGGGGACUAUGUGACCCUUGACCCUGCCAAAGCACUCCAAAUCUUUGGAGAACUCAGCAACAAGGGGUCACCCAAGGGACAACUGGGUCUUGGGUUGUCGUACAGUGCAGGGUUGGCAACAAACUCCAGCCAAGCAAAGGCACUGAUAUAUUUCACGUUUGCUGCUCUCGGAGGUGACCCCUUGGCUCAGAUGGUUCUGGGGUACAGAUAUCUGUCUGGUAUAGGGGUGGAGUCCAAGUGUGAAACGGCCCUCACCUACUAUAGGAAGGUGGCUACCUCAGUUGCGGAGAACAUGUCGGCAGGUAGCCCUGUUGUCCAGCGGAUCCGUCUGCAUGAGCAAGCAGAGAGCAAGGAUACAUCAGGGUCAUCCCUCAUGGAUGAUGACCUGCUCCAGUAUUAUGAGUUCCUUGCCGACAAGGGUGACCUUCAAGCACAGGUGAUCCUGGGGCAGUUAUAUUACCAGGGUGGAAGAGGGGUGCCUGUCAACCAUGAGCGAGCUCAGCACUACUUCCUGAUGGCCGCAGAGUCAGGCAAUUCCAACGCCAUGGCUUUCCUGGGAAAGAUGCACUCAGAGGGUAGCCCUGUGGUGGCUCAGGACAGCCUAGUUGCCCUGGAGUAUUUCAAGAAGGCAGCCAACAAGGGUAACCCGAUAGGUCAGUGUGGUCAGGGUAUCAUGUACCUGUACGGUAAGGGGGUGGACCGAGACUACCAGAAGGCCCUCAAGUUCUUCACCCAGUCUGCUGACCAAGGCUGGUCUGACGCUCAGCUACAUCUUGGCAUCAUGUAUUUCGGAGGUAAAGGUGUACGCCGUGACUACAAGACAGCUGUGAAGUACUUUAACCUUGCAUCCCAGGGGGGACAUGUGCUGGCCUUCUACCACCUGGCUCAGAUGCACGCCACCGGCACUGGAGUCAUCCGCAACUGCCAUACAGCUGUAGAGCUGUACAAGAAUGUGGCAGAGCGUGGCCAGUGGUCGUCUAUGUUGAUGGAGGCCCAUGACCUUUACAAGCAAGGUCGCGUGGAUGAGGCCCUUCUCAAGUAUACCUUCCUAGCGGAACUCGGGUACGAGGUGGCACAGACUAACGUAGCUUUUAUUCUAGACCAAGGGGAGAGCAGUCUGUUUGAUGAGAAGGAAACGUACCAGAGGGCAUUGCUGCACUGGACCAGGGCUGCAUCUCAAGGUUCCACAGUUGCACGGCUGAAGAUGGGGGACUACCACUAUUAUGGGUAUGGUACGGACAUUGACUACGAGACUGCAGCCACUCACUAUCGGCUCGCCACAGAGCAGCAACAUAAUGCACAGGCCAUGUUCAACCUCGGAUACAUGCACGAGAAUGGACUAGGGCUAAAACAGGAUGUUCACCUUGCAAAGCGUUUCUAUGACAUGGCAUCGGAGACAAGCGGGGAGGCAUACAUUCCCGUCACACUGGCCCUGCUCAAACUGGGGCUAUUCUAUGGCACUGACGUCUUCAACAAGGAGAUGGAGAGUUACUACAACAUGGUCAACAGACUCGACAUUCGGUUCCUUCUGGGCCCCAACUGGGACGUAUAUGUCGCCACAUUCCUCGCCAUUGUACUAGGAAUAGUGCUGAUUGUUGUGCGACAACAGCGGUAGUAUUUGCUCAAACUUCUAGGUGUAAAAUACUUUUAAAGAAUUUGUAAUAUAUUGUAUCAUAAUGUGGGAUAUAUAUAUUUAUAUUUUUAACUACGAUCAUUUCAUCUAAUGGGAUGUGGUUAUUAAUGCAUAUUUUCCAUAUUGAUGAUAAAUCAUUGUCUGUCAUCAAAGUGAAUGUAUACAGUUUACACUGCCUGUUGUAGUUGUAUUAAAAUAUUUUUAUAAGAUUUAUCUGAACUGUACCAAACACAUACCCAUACAUGUAUAAACAGUUUAGUUAAAGUGACUAGACGACAGAUGGUCCUAUUAUUGGCAAAUACAAUAUUUCUUCAAAACCAGCUUUGAUUUGUCAAUACGAGCUAGUAUGUGGGCAAUAAUACAUCCUUUUAUAGGAUUUAAAGAAUAAACACAACCAUCAUGUCGCGCCACUGGCUGUCUCAGCCUAACUUCCCUGUUUAAAAAAUAGCCAGAAUGGUUUUGCUGUUAAAAACUAGCUGGGAAAGGUUUUCCUGUUUUAAGAUAGUGCAGAAUGGUUUUUCCAAACACCUUUCAAGUCACGUGAUCAUUUCACACACUAAGCUGUCAAUAAGCGUUUUAGCGAAAUUGUAUCAUCCGGUGUCUAGUCCCUUUAAUGAAAAUAGAAAAUGUUCUUUUAUAUUGUGAAUGUUAAAAGAUAAGGUAACAACAAUGUACUUUUAUAUUGUGAAUGUUAAAAGAUAAGGUAACAACAAUGUACUUUUAUAUUGUGAAUGUUAAAAGAUAAGGUAACAACAAUGUACUUUUAUAUUGUGAAUGUUAAAAGAUAAGGUAACAACAAUGUACUUUUAUAUUGUGAAUGUUAAAAGAUAAGGUAACAACAAUGUACUUUUAUAUUGUGAAUGUUAAAAGAUAAGGUAACAACAAUGUUCUUUUAUAUUGUGAAUGUUAAAAGAUAAGGUAACAACAAUGUACUUUUAUAUUGUGAAUGUUAAAAGAUAAGGUAACAACAAUGUACUUUUAUAUUGUGAAUGUUAAAAGAUAAGGUAACAACAAUGUACUUUUAUAUUGUGAAUGUUAAAAGAUAAGGUAACAACAAUGUACUUUUAUAUUGUGAAUGUUAAAAGAUAAGGUAACAACAAUGUUCUUUUAUAUUGUGAAUGUUAAAAGAUAAGGUAACAACAAUGUUCUUUUAUAUUGUGAAUGUUAAAAGAUAAGGUAACAACAAUGUUCUUUUAUAUUGUGAAUGUUAAAAGAUAAGGUAACAACAAUGUACUUUUAUAAAGUGGAUUUUUGAUUAACAUAAAUGCAUUUAUACAUUUCAUAAAUACGGAUACAUGUAUGCUGUUUGUUAGGCUUGGCAGAAAAUUUGAUUGAAAGAAUCUCUAAAAGAGUUUUUGUAUGUGGUUCAAGGCAAAGAGGUGAGGUGAAAAACAUACUGCAUUCACAUGCAAGGUGUAUCCACAGCCUGUUAGGUGCAUUUACAGCCUAUAUGGUUUAUUUAAAGCUUGUUAGAUGCAUCCACAGCUUGUUAGGUGCAUCCACAGCCUGUUAGGUGCAUCCAUAGCUGGUAAGGUGCACCAUACCAUGUUAGGUGCAUCCAUACCCUCUAAGGUGCAUCAACAGCCUGUUAGGUGUAUCCAUACCUGGUUAGGUGCAUCCACAGGAUGUUCGGUGCAUCCAUACUCUGUUAGGUGCAUUCACAGCCUGUUAGGUGCAUCCAUACCCUGUAAGUUGCAUUUACAGCUUGUAAGGAGCUUCCACACCCUGUCGGAUGCAUUCAGUCAGAAGGUACUUACACAAUUUAAGGUCACGACUUUUCAGUCAUAUAUCUAUCUCUUUGUCAUGUUCCAGACAUUUUUUGUAACAUUUAGUUUAUUAGUGGGAUAAUGGAAGACUUAUUUGUUCACAACAAUUGUGUCACAAUUGCUUUUUGUUACUCAAUCAUAUUUUAGUUACGAUAUUAAAUAAAAGAUGAUUUUUUUUUAAAUGGCAUUUGAAGGCAUUUAAGGUGUUUGCAUUUCCAUUCCAUGUUUACUCUUAAAAUGAAAAUUAUUAAUGUAAAUAUUGUGCCAUUUUCCUGUUAAUAAUUUUAUUUUUGAGACAGAAAACUAAUUUAACUUGUUGCCAGCUUGAAUUACUUCCAAUAAAGGUUGUGGGCAUUUCUGUCAACUUCUUGUACUUACUUGAGAAGAGGAUAUGAAUUCAAGAUUGUAUUGUGUGUGUGUUAAACGAUUUGUUAUAUACAAGGUAAAAAUUCAUAGCAUCUAAACAUAUUGCUCAUGUGCAAUAUAAACAUGAUAUGGAUUUGUUAUGACAGUAGCAUAUUUCAAUGAUUUUGGUACAUAUUUAUUUAUCAUGAUACAUUACUGCACUCUGAUGCAAAAUAGCGUACCAUUGUUUGUUCAUUUAGUAGCCUCUACAGUAAAUCAUCAUGUUGUUCUUCAUUACAUAUGGUACGUUUGGUAUGAGAUGAGAAAGGGAAACUAAUAACUAUAUCAUAAUUUCUUUGAUUUUAUAAUAAUUGCCAUUUAACUGGAGCCUUUGCAGGCAGGAAACACACACUAGAAUCAGCAAGCCCGGUUGAAUAUUGCUCCUUUAGGUUUAGUUUUACUGUGGAGUGGUUUAGAUAACCUGCUAAGCAGUUAUGUUUCUAAAGGAUUUGUGCUUUCAAGUAUAAAUAGUUAUGGCAGUACGUCGUUUCAUUACCAUUCAAACAAAUGUUCCUAAAAGUAAUGUCAAGGUUAUAAUUUCAAUAUAUUUUUGAAUAGUUGAUGUGCAUUCUAUUUAUUUUAAAUGUUAUAAAUAUGUUAUUUUGUUGUUAAUUAUUUUGUGUUCAUCAACAUGUUUCACAAUUUUUAAGUUUUUCAUAUGCAAUUGCAUCAGUGCAUAAUUCAUAAUAUUAACAUUUUCAUCACUUGUAUAAAUAAUUACGAAAAUUCAUUGAAUACUACCUACACAAAAUAUGGAGGACUAGUGUAGUUGUUGACAUUGCCUGCAUAUUGCUGCGUAGAAUAAGGUGAGAAAGUGUCAUAUAGGCAAGAUCGGUUUAUCAAUUCAAGGAGUAGAAAAACAUGAUGUUUUCAAGGAAUCCACUGUUCAUUAGUCCAUUAAAUGAUGUCAAAUGGAACUUAAAUGGCUUUAAUAGCCUGAUUUAGGUAAAAAAAUACUUGGAAAUAGCAUUGAAUGAACUGUUAUUGUAAGAACUCUAUCAAUUUGAUCUAGUUAGGAACUGUCUUUGGAUGUUUUGUAUUAAUCGAUGCAUGUGGCAUGCGUCUGUGACAGGUAUUGAUAUCAGCAACAGUUUACUGCAAGUAUUUAACAUGUGUUUCACAGAUUUUGAUGUGGCUUCUUCACAGAAUCAGUCUCACUUGUGCAGAAAAGGUCCUCGAUUCCUUACAUUAUUUGUGUACAUACGUUGUUAUUCAGAUUUUGCACAAGUGAAUAUUGUUUUUGAGGAAUAAAAAUGCAAAUGCAUACAAAAUAAAACCUGAAAACUUUCA